AUGCCUCCGCGUCGACGUGCAGCAAAGGCCAAAGCCAAUGAGAACUUGAGGCUCGGCGAUCUCGUUCUAGCUAAGGUUAAGGGAUUCCCUCCUUGGCCUGCCGUAAUAAGCAGGCCUGAAGAUUGGGAGAAAACCCCUGAUCCAAAGAAGUUUUUUGUUCAAUUUUAUGGGACCGAAGAAAUAGCUUUUGUUGUCCCUGCGGAUAUCCAGGCAUUCACCAAUGAGGUCAAAACUAAGUUGACUGCUCGGUGUCAUGGUAAGACUAAGUACUUUACCCGAGCUGUGAAAGAAAUCUGCGCAGCAUAUGAUGAGUUAGAGAAACAGAGAGCUGGUGGUUUGACAGAUGACACUGAUGAUGCACAUGUUGGUUCAGAGGCCCCUUCUUUUGAUGGGGUAGCGGGUGGCAUUAAGGAUGCUACUGAUGCUGUGGUAUUGAAUGUAGAAAAAGCGAAGACUAUUAUGGAAGAUGUUGGCUCACAUUUGGAGCACUAUGAACAAAGAUGUGGAGAAAGUGAUUGCCAAGAUGAAAAGCCUUCUGCAUCUGGCCGUCCAACUGACAAUUCAUCUCCGGUUUUGCCACCUGUGUUGAAAAGUAAAUCUUCCAUUGGUACAGAACUAAACAAGCAUGCUAUCAAAUCUGACCUUGAGGAUCAGUCAUGUCUAAAAAAUGAAGUUUCUGAUUUUAUGGAUGUAUGCGAUGUUAGUGACUUCAAGCAAGCUGAUAAUGUCCAGAGUGUUUCUACCGAUAGGAACAAGACAAGAAAGCUUGUUACUGACUCAAGGAGGAGAAGUGAAGCUGCAGAAGAUAAAGAAAUAAGUGGAUUUAAUAUAGCAUUUUCAAAGGGUGAAAAGUCUGCAGGCUAUGCUAAUAUUUCCAGGUCUAAAGAAACAAUGGAAGAUGGGAAAAAAGGGAAAAAUGCAUGUUUUGUUGAUUCUGCAGAUGGUUGUACGUCAGAUCCUGAUAUUAAGAGUGGAAAUAAAAAUAAGAACUUGCUGAAAGCAAAAACAAGUCUUAAGGUAAAAAAUGAGUUGCAGGAGAAUUUUUUUGAUUCUGAUAAGUCUGAUAGAAAGAAUUCUAUUAAGAAAAACAAAAACCAAAUUCAAGGAAAGCGUAAUUUGGGAACAAAUCAAACUUUGCAUGCUGCAAAAAAGUUCAAGCGUAUGGAUGUUAAAGACAACAAGACUUUAAAACCUCUUCCUGAAGAUAUUAAGAGUGCUUCCCCUGGCUUUCCUGUUGUCAAAGACAGGGCAUUAAAAAAAACAGAGUUGAAAAGGUCUUUAUCACGUUUGAAAGCAGAUAAAGGGUUGUCAUCAAGGGCUCAGACCUCUAUUUUAGAUUCCAGGGAUUCUGUUUGUGAAGUGCUGAAUGGUACAAAACAUCAUAGCCAAGUACGGAAAGCUAUGCCUCAUUCUGCUAGUCUUUCUUCUGGUGAACAUGCAGAAAUGAGUUCUCCUAAACUGAAAGGUGAUGCAGAUAAUCUUGCAGUUAAACAAGUAUGCAGGAGACGCAGAGCUGUUUGCUUUUUUGAUGAUGAUGAUGAUGAUGAUAAUGAUGAAUCAAAGACUCCUGUUCAUGGUGGAGCUUCUAAAAAUAUUAGAUCAUCCUCUCAUGUUUCAGAGGUUGUGAAGAGCAAUGAUCCAUUGUUAGAGAAUAGUGAUGUUUCUCAGCCGCCUACUAAGGAAAAACCUAGUGCACUUGAGGAUAGCCAUUUGGAAGGACACUUCACUAUAUUACGUAAUGACUCUUUGAAUACAGGGUAUCCUCAAAAAGAGAAUGCUGAUGAAGUUGUUGCUGUCAAUUCGCCUUGCAGUCCUGAGAAAUUAGAUCCAAAGCAUUUUCCUUCAAACAUAGAAAAAUUAAGCUCCAUCUCUCCAGUAACUUCUCCUCAGUCUCUUCCUACAACAAAGUCAAAUGCUGAGCAGCAUAAUUCUUCCAAAGCUUUGCCUAAAAUAAGUUCCAUCUCUCUAGUAAAAUCUCCUCAGUCUCAUACAAAGUCAAAUGCUGAGCGGCAUAAUACUUCCAAAGCUAUGCCUAAAAUAAGUUCCAUCUCUCCAGUAAAUUCUCAUCAGUCUCUUCUUACGACAAAGUCAAAUGCUGAGCAACAUAAUACUUCCAAAGCUAUGCCUAAAAUAAGCUCCAUCUCUCCAGUAAAUUCUCCUCAGUCUCUUCCUAAAUCAAAGUCAAAUUCUGAGCGGCAUAAAUCUUCCAAAGCUUUGCCUAAAAUUAUCAGCAAUGCUACUGAAAAGAAGGCUGAUAAUGGGUCUUCAAAGAGUUUAAUUGGCAUCAACACAUUGCAGAGUCAAGUUACAACUCCAAAGAAGAAGUCUGUGUCAUACGUGGAAAGGUCUAAAACUACCCCAAAGACAUUGUCACAGUCAGUUAAAGUUCAUACUACCACAGAAAGUUUAAAGGAACUUGAUGCUAUUCAGAUUGAUAGGUUAGAGUUGGACGCAGAAGAAAAAAGUAGCCUAUAUGUUGACUAUGGGUCUCCAGAAAAUGCCAAGACUAUGAAGCAUCUUAUUGCAGUUGCCCAGGCAAAAAGGAGACUAGUAGCUCAAUUUCAGUGUCAUCCUUUUGACCUUCAUAAUGUUCAAGUGGGAACACCUAGUCCCUCUACAGUGCAGCCAUUUCUAUCCGUACCUAGCAAUAAUGGUCGGUCAGAUAUGCAGGGAGUUUAUGAGCAGCCAAUAUUAGCUUCUCCAUCAACCAAUGGGUAUCAUUCCACUUCUCUAAAUCAACUUGAUGCUGAAGAAAAUGAGGAGAGAAGAGUUGGUUCGGGGCAAAGGGCUGUUGAGGGAUCUCUGAGUGGAGGUACUGAGGCUGCUAUUGCCCGUGAUGCCUUUGAAGGAAUGCUUGAGACUUUGUCAAGGACCAAGGAAAGUAUUGGGCGCACAACACGUCUUGCCAUUGAGUGUGCUAAGUAUGGCAUUGCCAAUGAGGUUAUUGAACUUCUUAUCCGAAAGCUAGAAAGUGAAACUAGUUUUCAUCGCAAAGUGGAUUUGUUCUUUCUUGUUGAUUCCAUAACCCAGUGCUCACAUAAUCAAAAAGGCAUUGCAGGGGCUUCCUACAUGCCUGCAGUUCAAGCAGGGUUGGCACGUCUUCUUGGAGCUGCUGUCCCCCCUGGGACCAGUGCCCGUGAAAAUCGUCGCCAAUGUCUUAAGGUUUUAAGGUUGUGGCUUGAGAGGAAAAUUUUUCCUGAAUCAGUACUUCGCCGUUACAUGAAUGAUAUUGGAGGUUCAAGGGAUAAUAUGACAGUUAGCUCUUCUUUCCGCCGUCUUUCUCGGACUGAACGAUCUGUGGAUGACCCAAUUAGAGAAAUGGAAGGCAUGCUUGUUGAUGAGUAUGGAAGUAAUGCUACAUUUCAGCUGGCUGGCUUUUUGUCUUCACACUUGUUUGAAGACGAGGAAAAUGAUUUUUCUAAUAAUGCCUCUCCAACAGAUCCUACUCACACUCUUGUGGAGUCAGAAACUUCUACCGUUACCCCUAGUGACAAGCGCCACUGUAUCUUAGAAGAUGUGGAUGGUGAGCUAGAAAUGGAGGAUGUAUCAGGCCAUCCAAAGGAUGAAAGGCCUGUAUUGUUGAACAGUACCUCAGAAAUGGAUUUUCAACUUCAGGGCUCAGAUAGGAUAUUGGAUCCAGCAUCAAACGUUUCUGAGGAGCUACAUGUUUUUCCCGAGGGUUCUCCUCCAUUACCACCAGGCUCACCUCCUACUCCCCCACCUUUGCCUUCUUCACCACCACCUCCAUUAUCUCAAUCUCCUCCCCCACCCCUGCCUCCCACAUUGCUACAACCUUCACCUCCUCCUUUACCACCCCCACCGUUGAUUCCUCAAUCAUCUGGAACAGCUCAGUCUUCCACUUUUACCCAGGCGUUAGUGCCAUCACACCAGUCAUCGCCGCUAUCAGGGUAUCAGCAGCUUCAUAACUGCAAUGACACAACUAGUGGCGUCCAAAUAGUUCAAACGGCUGAAAAUUCUUUUCCUGGAGGUCAAAAUAGUUCAGUUGUGAAGAAUGAAAUAUUGCCACAGCCAUCUGCUUGCUUUCCUCCAAUGGCAGGUUGCAGCUCUCAGGAACCUUCUGAUUUAAACCCUACAAGGCAGUUGGAAUAUGGACAGAGCGAUAUGAAUCUAAAUUCUCAAAUUCCUCAACAUAAUCAGCAAUUUCAGAUGGAUGGCCAGAGGCAAUUUGUUGCAAAUGAGCAAUGGAGGAUGCCGACAAGUGAAUUUAAAUUAAACAAUCAACAUGGUUUAUGGAGAGGGAUAAAUCCUUCAUGUCCUGGUCCACCCUUUGGGCAGGAAGAUUAUUUUCGGCCACCACUUGAAAGACCACCAAUGAGUAACAUAGGUUUUCAACAUGCGAACCCCAACAAUAUACCUGUUCCUCCUUCGAAGUCAGGAUAUGGUGUUCCUCAGAUGUUCCCUUGUAGACCAGACAUUCCUGCACUUAAUUGUUGGAGGCCUACUUGA